AUGUUCUCAAAGAUCGACCCUCCAGAGGUUAUCCUUUAUUACUUAGAUGAUCUGAGGAAAGAAGGAGUAGAUAUCUCAGACUUCAACACAAGCCAGCUGCCAGAUGAGCCUCCAAACUUCAUGAAGCGUCCACGAGGACCCUCUGAGAAGGCGAAGCAAGCUAAGAAGGCAAGACUAGGAGAAUCCUCUGGAUCAAGACCUCCAGCACCUUUGCUUGGACCUUCUGAAACUCCUCCCUCAACCACCAGAACAUCUCACCAACCAUCCCAGAAAUUUAACCUUGCCACCACAACCUUACCUAUUUCUGACGCAAAAAUGCUGAACGAAACCACUUCACCAUCUUCAUCUUCUUCUCCAGAAUCACCCCUUACUACAACAUUUCCACAGAUACAAAACACUCUGACCCUACCUCUCCAACCCUGGCCCAGCUCCAAACUCGUACUCUGGCCUCAUAACAACUCUGACACACACCCACCAAAUACAUCCGCUGAACCACAAACUCCCACACUGAACCUAAACCCUCCCACUUCUCCACCCCCACCCUCUGAACCAGAAAACACCCUGCCAACCCUUGAGGAAGCAAUAAUGCUGUUUGUAGAAGCUUUAGUUGACAAGGGUCUCUUUGAGCAAGUCCGAAACGACUUCAUCAGAGACGCUGAGCUAAGACUCCAGGAGCGCCUAGCCAGAGAAGCUGAGGAGCGAGCCCGCAAGGAAGCAGAAGAAAAAGCCAGGCAAGAAGAAAUACAAAGAAUCAAGGAAGUUGAAGCCAAAGCUCUAGCUGAGGCUGCUGUUGCUGCUGCUAAAGCUGAAGCCAAAGUUGUCGCUGAAGUUGAAGCUCGUCUUGCUGAAGAAUCUGCCAACAGGCAUUUGUGA